AUGUCUUUUAGAGUGUGUUAUAUAAUUAGUGAGAUUGAUAAUUUUGCUAAUGAUCCGAAAAACCAGGGAGGACAUAAUUCUAUUGGUUAUUUUAAGUAUUAUUGCCCUGAUAAUAACUGUGAUACUGAUGUCAAAAAAGUUAUUUCUACUUUUAUAGCAUUAGUAACUUUAUUUAAUGGUAUUAAUCAUAAUGAAAAAUUAGAGAGUGAUAAAAUUGCUGAAUAUGCUAUUUUAUGGUUAAGUUAUAAACUAAAUCAAAAAACACAAAAUGGAAACACCAAAUUAUACGAUUUUUAUACUGAACAUAUAAACACAAAUAGUAAAUAUAAUGAGCAUAUAACUAAUGAUUUUAAUAUUAAUAAGAGUGUUAUAGAAAAUAAAAUAAAAUUGAUGAAUAUGAAUAUUAAAGAUAUAUCUAAAUUUUAUGAUGCAUUUAAAAAAUUAUGUGAAAUGUAUACUGAAUUUGAUGACGACAAUAAAAAUUGCACAAACUGUUCGGGAAAAGCUAAAGAAUUUGUUGAAAAAUAUAAAGACCUUAACAAAGAUUAUAAUAACACUAAUAACAGUUCCUAUAAUAAAAUGUUGUCUACUUUAUCAACUGAUUAUAAUAAUUUAAAAAAUAAAUGUAAAAAUGUUCAAAAUAGCAAGUUUCCACUCCUUCCAGAGAUAAAAACAACACAAAUUUCUGUAAAAAGUUCUGAACAAACUUCUGCACAAACAUCUGAAGUUGCAUCAUCAAGGUCGUCGAUAGGAAACAACUUAUUUACAGUUUUAUCGGUAUUUGGUGCAAUAGCAUUAUUUUUAGGAAUUGGAUAUAAGCAUUCGUUAUUUGGAUUUCGGAGAAAAGUUCAAAAAAAUUUAAGAAAAAAGCUAAAAUCAUUAAGAAGAAAAUGGAUAAUUAGUAUAUGA